AUGUCAGUUGAUAUCAACUGGGAGACGAUCACGGGCGGCGCAGAUGGCUCCGCUCGCGCAGAGAAGAUACGCGCGUUCAUCCACGACCGAUUUCAGCAGGUCACGUUGCCAAGGUUCAUUCGCUCCGUCCAUGUUCACUCGUUCGACUUUGGCAGCGUGCCUCCAGAGAUUGAGAUCAAAGACAUCUGCAAUCCCCUGCCCGACUUCUACGAGGAGGACGAGGACGAGUCAGACGAGGACGAGUCAGACGAGGAAGAAGAAGCAGCAGCAGCAGGAGGUGCUGAUGGGCCCGCUGAAGGCCACAGCGUCAAUACCAGUCGACUGAAGCCUCCAUCAAACGACCGCCAUAUGCGCAAUGCCAGCAGAGACUCCCACGCGACAGAACGUACAACUACACACCCUGGUAUAGCGCCAUCAUACUUGAACACGAGACCAAAUGCGUUUCGACACCCCACUGAGCAGCUCGGCGCCCAUCUAUUCCCUAGAGUCUCCACACCAGGCAUUCCCGGUGGCACUUCCAACCUCAACUAUUUUCACCUGCCCCUAGGCGCAGGUCUCUCAGGUGCUACGACACCUCUAGCUGCUGUUGCUGGUGCGCAAAUACAAGGCUGGCUUGACAACCCCCACGGCCGGCCUAGGACACCGACCAACAAGCGUCUCCAUCAUGCUGCCUCGAUGAACUCCUUGACGUUGACGCCCCAGUCGAACCCAGAUCCGAGCACAGGACCUUCUUCGCAGCGUAGGUAUGAUCAAGAGAGGAGCAGCAGCUCCCUUGCCGACUCGACGGGCUCGUCUUCACAGAGCGACUACGAGCGGAUUCGGUCCCCUACACCGCCCCGCAUGCGAGAGAAGAGCGCCGAGGAUCUACAGGUCGUGACACAUGUGCAGUACUCUGGCGACAUCAAGAUGUCGUUGACCGCCGAGAUCCUCCUGGACUACCCCAUGCCAAGCUUCGUGGGCAUUCCGCUGAAGCUCAACAUCACCGGACUAACAUUCGAUGGCGUCGCUAUAUUGGCGUACAUCAGGAAGCGAGCACACUUCUGCUUCCUGUCGGCUGACGAUGCGGACGCGCUGGUCGGCCGCGAAUCGCCUCAGACAGAAUCGUCGCAGGGCCAGACAUCGAGCCUCGCACAACGGCUGAAGAUCGGCGGCCUGCUGGAGCACAUCAAGGUGGAGAGUGAAAUCGGCGGUCAGGGCAGCGGCAAGCAGGUGCUGAAGAACGUAGGGAAGGUGGAGUCGUUUGUGCUGGAACAGGUCAGGCGCAUCUUCGAAGACGAGUUUGUCUACCCGAGCUUCUGGACAUUCCUGGUCUGA